GGAUACAGAAAAGUCUUUCAGAAGAGGAAGGAGCAGCAAACACCGACUGCACUCCACGACGAAAACAGGUUCGAGGUGAAUAAUUCAGUUGGCUUUAAAGAUGUCGGCCACUGCAGUUCCGCUCUCUAACGCGAGGAAUGGCUACACAAUUGUAACCCAAGUGAUCUCCCCACCAACAUCAACUCAACCUGGGCAAAUGAUCUAUGCUGUAGGCCCACUUCGGAAGUUUCUGAAAGGAAAACCAAAGUUAUUCGGAACACUUCAAAUAAUGAUCGGCAUGUUGAAAUUCUUGCUUGGUUUUAUGAUGUUCUUCAACGCUUUCUCACUCACUGUCAUCAUCGGAAUUGCCUUUUGGUGUGCUUUGAUGUAUAUCAUCACUGGCUCUCUGGCUGUUUCUGCAAGUACAAACAUUCACCGCUGUGUGGUGACGGGUGCUCUGGUGAUGAAUGUGAUAAGCGCAAUAACUGCAACAAUAACCAUCACCGUUGUUUCGUUGUUUUUGGCAUUCGUGUUUAGGCCCUGCUACUAUGGUUGUCCUACGAGCCCGAACUUUGUGAUUGGUAUAUUGCUGGUGAUCUCUUCCAUAAUUCAGUUCAUCAUCUCCAUCUACAUCUCAGCCUUUGCCUGUAAAGCCACCUGCAGUGAUGAACCUUCUGUGAAUAUCACUGUGGCUCCAAACCAAGCAGGAUGUCCUGAUUACCCCGGUGAACAGUAUCUAAUGUAUGCAGUCAAUGGUGCCACUAUGAACAGUCCACCAAUGGAAAGACCUCCACCAUACAAUGAGAUAAAAGAUAACUCAGACUGAAAACAUCUCCAGAUGAGACACCACAAUAACCCUAUAAAUGUGCUGCUACUACAGAA